AUGCCUUCACUCAGAUCCUUACUCCUGGCCUCCGCAGUGGCCACUUGCACCUCCUCCUCCCCACUGUCCCUAUCCAUACCCACCCCCAUUUCCAACCUAAUCCCGUCGCUCGGCGGCUCGGGCGGCGGCGGAGACUUCGGAGGCGACACCCAGAAUGGCCUCCUCGCCGGGGCCUGCAAGCCCCUGACCAUCAUAUUUGCCCGCGGCUCCGGCGAGACCGGCAACGUCGGCACCGCGACGGGGCCGCCCUUCUUCCGGGCGGUCGCGGAGCGGGUCGGCGCCGCGAACAUGGCGGUGCAGGGCGUCGAGUACGGAGCUGCGUUCUUAAGCGUGCUGGGCGGUGGGGAUGCACCCGGCAGUGCGAAGAUGGCCGAACUCGCCCAGCAGGCGCUCUCCAGGUGUCCGACUACAAAGGUUGUCUUGUCGGGCUACAGCCAGGGUGGGCAGCUUGUACACAACGCGGCCAAGCUGCUGCCAGCCGAGGCUGCGCAGAAGAUCGCGGGCGCUGUCACGUUUGGGGACCCAGAUAAUGGCCAGUCCUUUGCCAACAUCCCGCCUGGCAGUGGCAAGAUCUACUGCCACCCCCUGGACAAUAUCUGCCAGAACGGUGUGCUCAUCACGCCGUUUCACUAUUCGUAUUCGACGCAAUAUGUACCUGCAGCUGCAGACUUUGUGGCGUCGACUUUGUCAGGCAAGUCAUAA